GCAGGCUGUGGUCCCUUUAUCAUCGCUCACUGCGGAAGUGUUCAGGCCAACAGUCCUGUCCUUUGCUCAGGACAAUUUAGGUUUUCUGCUCAGAGCCAAAUGUGAAGACCGGCCUAAGGAAUCUGGAGCCAAAGAAGCUGGCCAGACCUCUGCCCGAGGGCCAGCGCCUGGCUGAGGGAGAGGAUAAAGAGGUUCAAACUUCUCCAUAAAGUGUGCUAUGUCCUGCCAGUCAUUCCCAAAGCUACCAGAAGCUUUGCUCCUAGGACAAGUGGAGUUGGUGGUGAGAAGCCAGAGGUGAGAAGACACAUAGGAGGACAGGCUACUCCAUUUUCAGAAUUUCCUAUGUGGGAGAAUCCUAGAGCCCAACGAGACUUUGAGACGCCCCGAAGAUGAGCGCCAACAGCAGCACGCUGGGCCAGCGUCUCUGGCAGGGGCCUUUGUGCGCUGGCUGGAAGCAGGAUAUGGAAGGGGCUCUCUACCACCUGGCUAACUGCGUCUUGCUCCUGGGCUUCAUGGGGGGCAGUGGGGUAUACGGAUGCUUCUAUCUCUUUGGCUUCCUGGGCACCGGCUACGUGUGCUACGUGCUGUGGGGCUGGUUCAAUGCCUGCGGCCUGGACAUUGUCAUCUGGAACUUCCUGCUGGCAAUGACCUGCCUGCUCCAGCUGGCACACCUGGUCUACCGCCUGCGCAAGGACACCCUCCCUGAGGAGUUCGAUCUCCUCUACAAGACGCUGUGUGUGCCCCUGCAGGUGCCCAUGCAGGCAUACAAGGAGAUCGUUCGCUGCUGUGAGGAGCAGGUCUUGACUCUGGCCACUGAGCAGACGUAUGCUGUGGAGGGCGAGACGCCCAUCAACCGCCUGUCCCUGCUGCUCUCUGGCCGGGUUCGUGUGAGCCAGGACGGGCAGUUUCUGCACUACAUCUUUCCUUACCAGUUCAUGGACUCUCCUGAGUGGGAAUCACUGCCGCCCUCCGAGGAGGGCGUGUUCCAGGUCACGCUGACUGCUGAGACCCCAUGUAGCUACAUUUCCUGGCCCCGGAAAAGUCUUCACCUUCUUCUGGCCAAAGAGCGAUACAUCUCCCGCCUCUUCUCAGUCCUGCUGGGCUAUGACAUCUCAGAAAAGCUCUACGCUCUCAAUGAGAAGCUCUUUGCUAAGUUUGGGCUGUGCUUCGACAUCCGUCUCCCCAGCCUCUACCACGUCCUGGGCUCUGCUGCUUCAGAUGCAGGGCCAGAGUCUGAGAAGGAGGAUGAGGAAGUCCACGAGCCAGCCCCAGCCCCUCCUCAGGCCAUGCCCACACCUGUCCAGCACAUGCCCCCUUGCUCUCCCCGUCCCGCUGCCACCCACCCUCCAGCACAGCCUUCCCGGGCUAGGAUGUCCCGGCCCGACAGUGACGGCCUGGGUGAGGACUCCACCAGUCUGGUGCUGGAGGAUUUUGAGGAGGUGUCAGGAUCAGAGUCGUUCAUGGAUUAUAGGAGUGAUGGGGAGUACAUGAGGUGAGGGGAGAGCUAACUUGGGCACAACCACCGGCCCAGGAUCCUAUCUUCUAGAAUUCCUCUCCAGAGCUACUCUCAAGUUAUGUCCACGGGACAGGCCCCCUUGGCUCCGAUCCACACUCCUGAACUUUAAGGA